CAGGAGGCACUGCUAGAGGAGUGUGCCAUGCUGUGCUCAGUGCUGCUGUCACCAUCUAGAGACCACUGUGCUGAUGCCACCUGCAGUGCCCUGCUAAGGAAGGAUCACUAGCUCUUACCAGGACCACCAGCUGUCUGCCAGCUUCACCCCUCUGGACUUUAGAGCUGGCACAUAACUUUGCCCUGUCCUGAUCUGCUCCUAGACACAUUCAUUAGACUGGACUUAGCUGGGUCCCUCUGUAUCUUUUUGGAUAUUGACCUGUCAGGACAGAUAUCUGACCACUGAGGACCUACAACAACCUGCUCUGUACUUUGCAUUUCGACACAUUUAUUUUGGAAACCCCCAGCUCCUCAGGAUGACCCCUGAAUACUUCUUGAGGUCCUUGUUGAUGAUGAUUUUAGCUGUUUUCUCUGCAAAUGCUAGCAACUGGCUGUACCUUGCAAAACUGUCCUCAGUAGGCAGCAUUUCAGAGGAGGAAACUUGUGAGAAGCUCAAGGGAUUAAUUCAACGCCAGGUGCAAAUGUGCAAAAGGAAUCUGGAAGUCAUGGAUUCCGUGAGGCGAGGGGCUCAGCUGGCAAUUGAAGAAUGCCAGUAUCAGUUUAGGAAUCGACGCUGGAACUGCUCAACGCUCGACACAUUGCCUGUUUUUGGAAAAGUGGUGACACAGGGCACCAGGGAAGCAGCUUUCGUGUAUGCAAUAUCUUCGGCAGGAGUCGCCUUUGCAGUGACCCGGGCAUGUAGUAGUGGAGACCUAGAAAAAUGUGGCUGCGAUAGGACUGUUCAUGGGGUCAGCCCUCAAGGGUUCCAGUGGUCAGGCUGUUCAGAUAAUAUUGCCUAUGGAGUGGCCUUCUCACAGUCCUUUGUAGAUGUAAGAGAAAGAAGCAAAGGUGCAUCGUCCAGUAGAGCGCUAAUGAAUCUCCACAAUAAUGAUGCGGGACGUAAGGCCAUCCUCAAUAACAUGCGAGUGGAAUGCAAAUGUCAUGGUGUCUCUGGAUCAUGUGAAGUGAAGACCUGCUGGAAAGCCAUGCCUCCAUUUCGAAAAGUUGGAAAUGUUCUGAAGGAAAAAUUUGAUGGAGCUACAGAAGUGGAGCAGAAAAAAAUUGGAACAACCAAAGUUUUGGUCCCCAAAAAUUCUCAAUUUAAACCACACACAGAUGAGGACCUGGUAUAUUUAGAUUCCAGUCCUGAUUUCUGUGACCAUGAUUUAAAGAAUGGUGUUUUAGGAACUACUGGCCGGCAAUGUAACAAGACUUCCAAGGCUAUCGAUGGUUGCGAGCUUAUGUGCUGUGGUCGAGGGUUUCACACAGAAGAAGUUGAAAUUACGGAAAGAUGCAGUUGUAAAUUCCACUGGUGUUGCUUCGUCAAAUGUAAACAGUGCCAUAAAGUGGUAGAGAUGCACACGUGUCGGUGAUCAGACUGAAAUCAAUAGCCUAUUUUACCAGAAUGGACAAUUCUUAUCUCUACACACCACCAAUGUCAUUCCUUCCACCAUGACAAAUGAAGCUCCAGAAACUGCAAAAAAAAUGAUAAGGAGGGACAAUUAAUUUUUUUUUAAGAAUAUUUAAAGUCCCCAGAUAACAUUGAUGUAUAUUUGUAUCCUUGUUCUUAUUUAUUGCCGACAAACAUUGAAAUUCUAAGUCAGUGCUUCCAGUCUACAUGUGGUGAAAAUGACUUUGUGUUGCUGCUUCAAGAAGGAUGGAGACCGAGACAUGACCUAUAAAAUCUGCUGAAGGAACGGAACUCCAACAAAAUAUAUUUAAAAAAAA